ACCCCGGGAUGGGGGUUUGGGGGCCGGAGAGUGGGGGCUCUGGCGAAGCCCCUGCCGAUGUGGGGACAUUCAGGAGCCCCGAGUCCCAGCAGCCUGCUUGCCCUCACCCAGCCCUAAUUGUCUCCGGCGUUCCCCAGGCCAGCUCGGACCUGGGUCUGCGAGGAGGCCUCCCCCACGCCUGGCCCCCCGGGGCCCCCCGCAGCUCCCAGGGUUGAGCGGGAUCAGACCCCCGGGGCGGGGGCCGCUCGGGCCGCCUGGCUGUUGCUGGGACGGUUGCCUGCUUGUUGGGAUUGUUGGCGCCUUGGUUGGGAGGGUCUGGGCGAGCCGGCACUGGGGUCCCCGGCUGUGCGUCUGGGACCUGCAGCCGACCCCCAGCCUCUCCCCGCGGCUCCGGUGCUGCGGGCCCUGCCAGGUGCUGGGCGGCAUGCCAGGGCCCCCGGCUGCGUGGCGCGGACACGUUGCUCUUGGCCUCUGAACCGGCCUCAGUUUCCCCUCCGUGAGGUGGGACAAUGACCCAGCUGAGAUGAGGAUGCCCGAAGCGUUCAGUCAAAGGAAGUUUUUGUGAUGGGGUGUGCUGCUGGCCACUGGGGGCCCUUGGGAGCUGCCCAGGGGGCUCCUCAGGCUGACCCCAGACCCUGGCUGGCCAGGAUGAGGCUUCUCCGGCACCUUCGGCCCGCGGGCACCCUCAUUCUGGCCACCGGUGCUUUCACCCUCCUCCUUCUCCUCCUCUUCGCUCUGCAAGAGUCACCACCCACCUACGACGUCCGGAAGCAGCCACCAGAGACCCCCAAGACCCUGGCCUGGCCCACUCCACCCGCCCCCGCAGCCCGCGCCCCGUGCAGCGCCAACACCUCUGUGGCUGCGCACCCGGACUUCGCGGGGCAGCCGCGGCAGGUUCAGGACUUCCUGCUGUACAAACACUGCCGCGACUUCCCGCUGCUGCGGGACGCGCCCCCCUCUAAGUGCGCGCAGCCGGUCUUCCUGCUGCUGGCGAUCAAGUCCUCGCCCAGCAACUACGAGCGGCGCGAGCUGCUGCGGCGCACGUGGGGCCGCGAGCGCAAGGUGCAGGGUUUGCAGCUGCGCCUCCUCUUCCUGGUGGGCACAGCCGUCAACCCGCACGAGGCCCGCAAGGUCAACCGGCUGCUGGAGCUGGAGGCUCAGACUCACGGAGACAUCCUACAGUGGGAUUUCCACGACACCUUCUUCAACCUGACACUCAAGCAGGUGCUGUUCUUACAGUGGCAGGAAGUGAGGUGCCCCAACGCCAGCUUCGUGCUCAACGGGGACGAUGACGUCUUUGCACACACGGACAACAUGGUCUCCUACCUGCAGGCCCAUGACCCUGGCCGCCACCUCUUCGUGGGGCAACUGAUCCGAAACGUGGGCCCCAUCCGGGUUUUCUGGAGCAAGUACUACGUGCCGAAGAUAGUGACUCAGCACGAGCGGUACCCACCCUACUGUGGGGGGGGUGGUUUCCUGCUGUCCCGCUUCACGGCCGGUGCCCUGCGCCGGGCCACCCGUGUCUUAGACCUCUUCCCCAUUGAUGAUGUCUUCAUGGGUAUGUGUCUGGAGCUCGAGGGACUGAAGCCUGCCUCCCACAGCGGCAUCCGCACAGUUGGCGUGCGUGUCCCAUCGCAACGCCUGUCCUCCUUUGACCCCUGCCUCUACCGUGACCUGCUGCUGGUGCACCGCUUCCUGCCUUAUGAGAUACUGCUCAUGUGGGAUGCACUGAACCAGCCCAACCUCUCCUGUGGCAGACAGAGACAGAUCCACUGAGGCAGCAUCAGGGUCCCCAGCCUCUGGGCUCCUGUUUUCAUAGGAAGGGGUGACACCUUCCUCCCCGCAAGCUACGAUCUUUGUGGUCUGAGCGGAGGGGAGUGCCAGGGAAGGUUUGAUGAGUAAAUAUUCUGGCUGGUGAACUCCUAUACAUCCUUCAAAACCCACCUGGUAUUGUUCCAGCAUUCUCCCUGGAUGGCUAAAGGAACUCCAGAAAAUAUCUGUCUUCUGUUUGUGGAAGCUAAUGGUAAAAGUGCCUCUGCUAGGGUUCCAACUCUG